UUGUAAAUAAUAGAGAAUAUAAGGCCCAUUGUUGCAACAAAGUUUUUAACAUAUAAACCUUGUUAGGAAGAGGUUUUUGUCAAUUUGGAGUUAGAGGGAGGCGUUGCCAACUCUAGAGAGCUCAACUAUUUCCGCCGCCGUCCUCGUCGUCGGAGAAUAUAACUAAAGGCCUAAAUAUCACAGUAAUUGUAGACGGAGAUGGAGAAAGUAAAGAUUGAAGAAAUUCAGUCCACCGCUAAAAAACAGCGGAUUGCUACUCACACCCAUAUCAAAGGUCUUGGCCUUGAGCCAACCGGUAUUCCUAUAAAAUUGGCGGCUGGAUUUGUUGGUCAACUUGAGGCUAGAGAGGCAGCUGGUCUUGUAGUGGACAUGAUUAAGCAGAAGAAAAUGGCGGGUAAGGCUCUUUUACUUGCUGGACCUCCUGGAACCGGGAAAACAGCAUUGGCCCUUGGAAUUUCCCAAGAGUUGGGAAGUAAGGUUCCAUUCUGUCCAAUGGUUGGAUCUGAGGUUUACUCAUCAGAGGUUAAGAAAACAGAGGUUCUCAUGGAGAAUUUUAGACGUGCCAUUGGUCUACGUAUCAAGGAAACCAAAGAAGUCUAUGAAGGGGAGGUCACCGAGCUGUCACCAGAAGAAACUGAAAGCCUCACUGGAGGCUAUGGUAAAAGCAUCAGCCAUGUUGUCAUUACACUCAAGACAGUCAAAGGAACUAAACAUCUGAAGUUGGAUCCCACUAUAUACGAUGCCUUGAUUAAGGAAAAGGUAGCUGUAGGAGAUGUUAUCUAUAUCGAAGCAAACAGUGGAGCUGUCAAACGGGUAGGUAGAAGUGAUGCUUUUGCCACUGAAUUCGAUCUGGAAGCAGAAGAAUAUGUUCCACUUCCCAAAGGAGAGGUUCACAAAAAGAAAGAGAUAGUACAGGAUGUCACACUCCAAGAUCUGGAUGCAGCAAAUGCUCGACCUCAAGGUGGCCAGGAUAUACUUUCUUUGAUGGGACAAAUGAUGAAACCCCGGAAGACUGAGAUCACUGAUAAGCUUCGGCAAGAAAUUAACAAGGUUGUGAACCGAUAUAUAGAUGAAGGUGUGGCGGAGCUUGUUCCUGGAGUUCUAUUUAUCGAUGAGGUUCAUAUGCUUGAUAUGGAGUGCUUUUCAUACUUGAACCGUGCUCUUGAGAGCUCAUUAUCUCCCAUAGUGAUAUUUGCAACAAAUAGAGGUGUUUGCAACGUAAGAGGGACUGAUAUGCCCAGCCCCCAUGGAGUCCCUAUUGACCUAUUGGAUCGAUUGGUCAUCAUCCGGACUCAAAUCUAUAAUCCCUCUGAAAUGAUACAGAUUAUAGCCAUUCGUGCGCAAGUUGAAGAAUUAACCGUGGAUGAAGAAUGCUUGGUUCUACUUGGGGACAUUGGGCAAAGAACUUCACUAAGGCACGCUGUGCAGCUUCUGUCUCCUGCCAGCAUUGUGGCGAAAAUGAAUGGACGUGACAAUAUUUGCAAGGCUGAUAUCGAGGAAGUAACAUCACUCUACUUGGAUGCCAAAUCUUCAGCAAAGCUUUUGCAUGAGCAACAAGAAAAAUACAUCUCAUAAGAACACUAGUCGCACAUUUUAUCGAAACAUCUCAUAAUUUUUCUGCGAUUACUUUUCUUCAACUAUUUUGUAUUGUCGGGACUUGGAGAUUGGAGAAUGGCUAGUCUAUUGAGAUACAAUUUGUUUCUCUGAAUUCGGUUGAUAAUAUUUUGUUUGUAGUGCUGAGUAAUGAAAACUGAAAUAUGGUUUCAUGUAUUUUAAAUUUCAUCUGAGCCAAUA